GUUCAGGAUGGGGGCCACAUCUGUCUGGGUCUCAGGCCUCCUGAUGCUGCAGAUGCUGCUGUUUGUGACCGGGAAUCAGGAGCCUUCUCCUGCUGGCCCUCUGGCUUGAUCUGAAGAAUAAAACAAGAAUAGAUGAAAAAAGGUCUUUGAACAGUCAAAAGAGAACAAGUUACCUGAGAGGCUAUUUUUAGUCAUUACCAGCAGAAGCUGGAGGUUCCCGCCUCUCACCGUUUUGCUGAAAUGAACUGAAAAGAGAGAAAGAACAGCAUUGCGAAUCGUGCAGAGAUUGAUUGGUGAUGUCUGCCAUAAGAGGGCCAUGGAGAUAAAGGCACACAGGAGGCCACCGCUGCUGCCGUUGAGAAAGGGCUCCACAUGCAGAAGGUGGGGUCUGGGUCGGUGCGGGCUGUGCUGGCAGAGCUGGUGGCCCUGCCCUGUCUCUUUACCCUGCAGCCACGGCCCGGUGCAGCCCGAGACAUCCCUCGGAUCAAGUGGACCAAGGUGCGGACGGCAUCGGGCCAGCGACAGGACUUGCCCAUCUUGGUGGCCAAGGACAACGUGGUGCGAGUGGCCAAGGGAUGGCAGGGCCGAGUGUCACUGCCCUCCUAUCCCCGGCGCCGAGCCAAUGCCACGCUGCUCCUGGGGCCACUGAGGGCCAGCGACUCCGGGCUCUACCGCUGCCAGGUGGUGAGGGGCAUCGAGGAUGAGCAGGACCUGGUGCCCCUGGAGGUGACGGGUGUUGUGUUCCACUACCGGGCAGCCCAGGAUCGUUAUGCGCUGACCUUCGCUGCAGCCCAGGAGGCCUGCCGUCUCAGCUCGGCCACCAUUGCAGCCCCUCGGCACCUGCAGGCUGCCUUCGAAGAUGGCUUUGACAACUGUGAUGCUGGCUGGCUCUCUGACCGCACUGUUCGGUAUCCCAUCACCCAGUCCCGUCCCGGUUGCUAUGGGGACCGUAGCAGCCUUCCAGGAGUUAGGAGUUACGGGAGGCGAGACCCACAGGAACUCUAUGAUGUGUACUGCUUCGCCCGGGAGCUGGGAGGCGAGGUCUUCUACGUGGGCCCCGCCCGCCGCCUGACGCUGGCCGGCGCGCGCGCCCAGUGCCGUCGCCAGGGCGCAGCGCUGGCUUCGGUGGGACAGCUGCACCUGGCCUGGCACGAGGGUCUGGACCAGUGCGACCCAGGCUGGCUGGCCGACGGCAGCGUGCGCUACCCCAUCCAGACGCCGCGACGGCGCUGCGGGGGACCCACCCCCGGCGUGCGCACCGUCUACCGCUUCGCCAAUCGCACCGGCUUCCCGGCGCCGGCUGCGCGCUUUGACGCCUACUGUUUCCGAGCUCAUCAUCCCACUCCACAACAUGGAGACCCAGAGACCCCCUCAUCUGGGGAUGAGGGGGAGAUUCUGUCAGCAGAGGGGCCUCCAGCCGGAGAGCUGGAGCCCAAACUGGGGGAGGAAGAGGAGGGGGUCCCUCCUGACUUUCAAGAGCCUCUGGUGUCCAGUGGGGAAGAAGAAGAGCCCCUAUUCUUGGCAGAGAAUCAGAAGUCUCAAGAGACCCCCAGCUCCACCCCGGGUGACUCGGCACUGGCCUCAUGGCCCACCGAGGCAGUGUGGCCAAGCACUGUGGCUCCCAGCCCCAGCAGAAUGGGGGCAGCCACUGCAGAGGCUUUCCACACGGAGGUGGCCUCGACAGUCCCCACACCCAAGAGGAGAGGGCGUUUCAAAGGGCUGAAUGGACGCCACUUCCAGCAGCAGGAACCAGAGCGAGGGCUGGAGGGGGAGCUCAAGGACGGUGCCCAGCCCUUCACCCCAGCUGGGAAUCAUGUGGAGCCACCUUUGGUCACAGAAGCCUCGGGAAGUGGCCAGAGCCAGACUCCUUGGGCCAUUCUGACCAACGAGGUGGACAUGCCUGGAGCAGGUUCCUUUGGUGGCAGGAGCCCCCCAGAGCCCUGGUUGUGGCCCCCAACUGUGAUCCAACCCAGCAUCCCAGGCCCCAGCGGGACCCCUGACCUGAAGCGAGAGGGAGCCAAGGCCCCCAGCAUGAAGCCAGCCACCUCCGCCCUGUCAUGGUCUCCCUCGGAGCCCACUGUCCCAACCUCCAGCCCCUCAGAAGGCUCCCCCGCGGCCCAUUGGGAGGCAUCCCCCACAGCCACCUCCCCAGACCUCCCUGUCAUGGCCAUGCUGCGUGCCCCCAACCUGUGGCUCGUGUCACACUCUACUCCUGUGUCCUCUGAAGCCACUGAGGUCAAGCGCCAUGGUGAGGCCAUGACCACUGCCCCACCCUCUGCAGCCUCAGAGACCAAAGUGUAUUCCCUGCCCCCCUCUUUGAGCCCAACAGGUCAGGGUGGAGAGGCCACAGCCAUGACGCUCAGCGGCCACGGAGAAGGAAGUCCCAUUGCCCCCUCGACGGCAGCUGUGGUCACACAAGCUGGAGCCAGCCCUGAGUCCCCCGGGACAGACUUUGGAGACAUGGAAGCGAUCAGCCUCCCUGAGCUCAGCCAAGCUGAGUACCCCGGGUCCAGCCCCUGGGCAUCUGUGGACAGGAAUGUGACGGUGGAUUUCGUCACCGAGACGGCCGGUGAGCCCACAGAUGUCAGAGGUAUCUCAGGAUCUGAAGCUGGGGUCUUCAUCAACACUGCAGAAAGCCCCACGUCCAGCUUGCACACCUCCGGUCAUGAGGUGCUGGGCUCCUGGCCCUCUCCGCCGGACACCAGCUCCCCAUCCGCACCUUCAGCGGGCCGUGGCAUCUUCUCCGUGUCUGAAGUCAUCCCUGGUUUGGAGCCUUGGGCAGCUGCAAGUGGAAGAGCCACUGGAGGUCCCCGAGAUUCCACAGUCACGCGGGCCCCCAGUGGAGGAAUUUGGGAGUCUGGAUCCCACGUGGUUGAAGGAGCUGAAAGCCCCACCUUGAGCCCUUUGGUGGCCGUGGAUACCAGCACAGCAACGUCCCUUACAUCCCCGGACCAGGGAGCCAAGGCUGGGGUCCUGGAUAUGUCCACACUGUCCUCCUCAAGUUCCCAGCCCUCCCCAGAGCCAGAGGACCAGAUGGUGGACCAGGGAAUGGUGGGGACUUCAGCUCCUCCGCCUCAGGGCAGUCCCCUCAGAGAGCCAGCCCUUCCCCCGGGGACAACCACUGUGGCCGGCCUGGAAGAAGCUGCUUCUGUUGCCUCGGGGGAACCUGCCUCGCCGUGGGACUCCCUGAGCACCCUGCUGCCCAUCUCCCUGGGCACAGAGGAGGCUGAUCUGCAGAUCCUGGCGGGGAGCCCAGGUGUGGAGGGUUUCUGGGAGGAAGCAGCAAGCGGAGAAGAGCCAGCCCUGCCAGGGACCCCUGCAAGUGGGAGUGCUGAGGGGGAUCCAUGUGAAAACAACCCUUGCCUGCAUGGGGGGACGUGUAACGCCAACGGCACCAUGUAUGGCUGUAGCUGUGACCAGGGAUUCGCCGGGGAGAACUGUGAGAUUGACAUUGAUGACUGCAUCUGCAGCCCCUGUGAGAAUGGAGGCACCUGUAUCGAUGAGGUCAAUGGUUUUGUCUGCCUUUGCCUCCCCAGCUAUGGGGGCAGCCUCUGCGAGAAAGAUACAGAAGGCUGUGACCGUGGAUGGCACAAGUUCCAGGGCCACUGCUACCGCUAUUUUGCCCAUCGGCGGGCAUGGGAGGAUGCAGAGAGGGACUGCCGCCGGCGGGCUGGCCACUUGACCAGCGUCCACUCAGCUGAGGAGCACAGUUUCAUUAACAGCUUUGGGCAUGAAAACACGUGGAUCGGCCUGAACGACCGGAUCGUGGAACGGGAUUUCCAGUGGACCGACAACACGGGGCUGCAAUAUGAGAACUGGCGUGAGAAUCAGCCCGACAACUUCUUCGCGGGUGGCGAGGACUGUGUGGUGAUGGUGGCGCAUGAGAGUGGUCGCUGGAAUGACGUUCCCUGCAACUAUAACCUCCCUUAUGUCUGCAAGAAAGGCACAGUGCUGUGCGGUCCCCCUCCAGCAGUGGAAAAUGCCUCGCUUGUGGGUGCCCGCAAGGCCAAGUACAAUGUCCAUGCCAUUGUACGCUAUCAGUGUGAUGAAGGAUUUGCCCAGCACCAUGUGGCUACCAUCCGGUGUCGGAGCAAUGGCAAGUGGGACCGGCCCCAGAUUGUCUGCACCAAACCCAGACGGUCACAUCGGAUGCGGAGGCACCAUCACCACCACCAGCAUCACCACCAGCAUCACCACCACAAAUCACGCAAGGAGCGCAGAAAACACAAGAAACACCCAGCAGAGGACUGGGAAAAGGAUGAAGGGAAUUUCUGCUGAAGAACCAGGCAAAAGAAAGCACAGCCCCCUUUCCCACACCUGCUCUGGAGCUUCACCUGGGGAGACAGAGCCCAGAGAGAAACAAGAGGGUCUGGAAGUCCCUGAGCCCCAAGCCACACCCCCCACACAUUAUCCUUUGUAAAAAGCUCCUCUCUCCUCUUUCGUACAUACACAAGGUCCUCUUGGCAGGUGUAGCCAUGUGUCUGAAGAGUCCAUUUUUGUCAGACUGAAAUCUGGGAGCAUCUCCCAGCUGAGGGAAGUGUAAUCGGCAAAGAUCAUUCUUUGCCUUGGUUCAGUCUUUUGUUUGUUGGGCUGAUUGCCAGUUGUUGAAAUAAGGCUUUGAUGAGAGUGCAAGAAUGUAUGUUUGGAUUCGAG